GGUUAAGAGAGAACCCGGCAGCAAAACAACUAAACUACCCCCAGAAGAAAGAAAGACACACAGUUUGAGAGAAAGCUGAGGUUUUGAGAGACAAAGAUGAGCAGCAGCAGCAGCGAGGCCAAAGCCGGAAAGGGGUUUAGGGGCAAAAUGGAGCACUACUUGUACAGCGGCGACAAGAAGCACGUCAUGGCCGGCAUCGUUCUCAUCAGCGCCGUCUUCGCCGUUCCUUGGUACUUCAUGACUCGAGGGGCAAAGCAUCAAUCCCAUCAAGAUUACUUGGAAAAGGCUGAUAAGGCAAGGAGCCAAAGACUGUCUUCAAGUAGUGCAUCUUCUGCUAAAUGAUGUGAAAGUUUUCUGUUAAAGUAUGUAACUUUCCUCUUGAAUUUUUGUAUGGUUGGAAGGUGUAAGAGGUCUUUGCUUUUUGGCAGUGUGGUUACCUCUUCCUUCUCCUCAGAGGAGUGGCUCUUUACGAUCCUUAAGGACUGUCCUUGAUAUAAAUAUAAUCUCUGAGAAAUACAUUUCAAUAACCAGCUAAAAGCAAACAUCUUUCAUUGUCAUGUUUGGCUGCAGUAGAAGUGAAUUUUUGUUG